AUGUCGACGUCGGCGUUGGCAACCCUGUCAAUCUUGAUUCCACUAACGAUCUCUCUAUUCAUCGUUGCUCCUGCCUUAGGCGCCCCCAGCCUUGAAGAUUUGAUUGUCCCGCUUCCUCCGCCACCGCCACCUCGUGACCAAUCCUCUGCCGGAGCAGGAUCGACGGACCCAAACCACAUGAAAUACACAGGGAAAUCGUUGGCCUCCCAAUUCUUGUACGCCCACAACAAAGUCCGGGCCAAGUACUACCUCCCGGCCCUGAAAUGGAACCGGACCCUGGCACGCUUCGCCAGGCACUACGCAAAUACCCGGCAGAAAGACUGCCUGUUAGAGCACUCCAGCAACAGGGUGUACGGCGAGAACCUUUUCUGGAGCAAGUACGGGCACUGGACCCCGGCAAACGUGGUCAAGACGUGGGCCGACGAGAGCAAGUACUAUGAUUUCCAGAAUAAUCAGUGCCUUGACAACCAGCCGUGUGGCCACUUCACACAGAUCAUUUGGAAGUCCACCACCCGUUUGGGCUGUGGGCGGGUCCAGUGCCUGAAUAACAAGGGCUUUCUCUACGUCUGCGCAUACGAUCCCCCUGGCAAUUACUAUUUUGAAGGCCCAUUAGGUGGCCGUUUCAAGAACUCCAUUGUCUAA